UUCCAGGUCCCGUGUGGCGGUUCAAAGGGUGACGCGAGAAGCUGCAGGGAAUUAAUUUGAUAGCAUGUAUUGAUGGCUCUAAAGAGGUCAUCGCUGUCACUGGAUUCCAGUGAGAGUGACUCUGAAGAGUUGCCAACAUUUACCUUUCUGAAGGAGGAACCAUCUUCAACAAAGAGGAGCCAGCCUCAGCAGGAGGAGAAGAUUGUAGUGGUUGACACCUCAUAUUCUGAGGCCUCCUGUCCUCCAUCACCAGGGUUGAAAGAUGCACCUCCUGUCCCACACACCGCUGAAACUGUCACACAGACAGAGCCAGUCAGGGUGCUAAGCAGUGGAAGUGAGGAUGAAGAGGAAUUUAUUCCCCUGGCUGAAAGGCUUACAUGUAAAUUUCUGACCCAUAAGCAGCUGAGCCCUGGGGACUCUAGCUCCCCAAUUAAAAGUGUCUUGGAUCAUCAAAAUAAUGAAGAAGCAUCAUUUGACUGGAAAAAACAGCCCUUUUCAAAGAUCCGUGAUGUUCCCCUCCAUGAUACCUUACAGAGGAAUGCAUCAAAUAACAAGGACUCUAUCUUAGACAAUCCAUGCCAUCAGCUUCCAGCUUACCAGUCUAUCUGCCCUGUCCAGAGCAACAGCUUGACAGUAACCAAAACAAAUUCUGACAUCCACCCACCUCAGAAGAGAACUAAGCAUAGUCAGAAGAUUUGGGGAAGAGGCUCGCAGGGAUGCCAGCAGCAGGGACAAGCAUGGCAGAAGGGAAACACCCUGAGACAACAGGAGAGAAAGAAGGAAGCAACACUGGGUAACAAGCUGAAAGGCCAGAGGCCAGAGGAAUGCUUAAAGCACAUUGUCGUGGUGCUGGAUCCAGUGCUUUUACAGAUGGAAGGUGGGGGCCAGCUCCUCGGAGCAUUGCAGUCCAUGGAGUGCCACUGUGUGAUUGAGGCACAGGCUGUACCUUGCAGUAUCACUUGGAGGAGAAGGGCUGAGCCAUCUGAGGAUGGAGAGGACUGGGUGGAGGAGCCGACAGUCCUGGUGCUGCUCCUGGUAGAGGCAUUUGUGUCCAUGAUCUGCAGCAUAAAGCAGGGAAGUCUGGGCAGCACUGAGAAAGGGAAGGAAAUACUUCAGGGCUUUGUAACUGACAUCACAGCAAGGACAGCAGGGAAAGCUCUGUCACUGGUGAUUGUGGAUCAGGAGAAAUGCUUCAGCAUGGAUUUGCUGUCCUUUGAUUUCCUUCCCUGCUUUAGUGCUCAGAAUCCUCCAAGGAGAAGGAAACAUGGAGCGGCAAAUAAACAUGCCAAGGAGAAGCAGCAGAGACAACCAGAGGCCAACACAGGGCCCAUGGUGUCCAGGGUAGACAUGGAAGAGGCACUGGUGGACCUGCAGCUACACACAGAAGCCCAGGUUCGAAUUGUGCAUAGCUGGAAAGAGCUGGCCGACUUUGCGUGCACAUUCACAAAGGCUGUGGCCGAGGCACCCUUCAAGAACCUCCGAAAUCAAACUAGCUUUUCUUUCUGUCUGGAGAGUGACUGGGCUGGAGGAGUGAAGGUGGACCGCUCUGGCAGGGGACUUGCAUUGGUCUGGAGGAGACAGAUUCAGCAGCUGAACCGAGUCAGCCUGGAAAUGGCCAGUGCUGUUGUGGAUGCCUAUCCCUCCCCACAGCUCCUGGUACAGGCUUAUCGGCAGUGUCUUUCGGAGCAAGAACGCCAGAAUUUGCUCGCAGACAUCCGGGUGCGCCGUGGGGAAGGUGUAACAUCCACCUCCCGCCGUAUUGGACCGGAGCUGUCCAGGCGUAUCUAUCUUCAGAUGACCACUUUGCAGCCACAUCUCUCUUUAGACAGUACUGACUGAUGCUAGCCCUCAGGGACAAGGAUGAAAAGCUGGCGAUUUCCACCUCCUCAACCUCGGAGCCUGACUGCAAUAAAGACUGGAAGUGCCUCCUGGAGCACAAGCCUGGGUGAGGCCCAGUCUUACCUGGGUUUCACUGUGACAGUCUCCCUCCCUGUCAACUUGGGGCAGAAAGCUGAGAUACCUGCAUCUACCUUCACCAACAUUGGUUUCUCUCCUAGCAAAACUCAGCUGACAUGGUCAAACCACCCCUACCCCUGUCCCAGCCAGCCGUCUAAACACAAAGGAACAAAGACAAACCACUCAGACACGUAUUUAAUAAUUGUAGAAAUCCAAAAGAAUUAGCAUCAAAUCUCAAAGACAUGAGUGAACUGUCGCCUGUGGGUUGGCUUGACUAGGCUCAGCCACAGAACUGCCUCGACCAGCCAAGGAAUAGGGUGUGAUGACUAUGCUGACUUCUGUAUUAUCUUAUUCUCAUCUUAUGUAAUAUGUGUUUAGUUUCAAUAAAGCAUUUGUACCAACA